AUGCCUUAUAUCAAAGAAGGCAUCUGCGAACUGAACGACUAUCAGGAUAUCCUGAAGAUCCUGGACCGUGCCUUUGGGAGCCCCUUUCAAACGCUCGAAGAGCUACAACAGGAUCGAGUUCCGAAAGGCAGAAAACUCUGGAAGGGGCACGUGCCAACAGGAACACUCUAUCAACUAUAUACGGGCUCGCGCCGUGACAGCUUCGAUGGGGAAUUGCGAGAUCCCAUCACCCACGCUGUGAAAAAGACUCUCAUGAUCGACGGUAGAGUGCAGCAGCGACAACCUAUGCUCGUGACAGAGCUCGGUCGACACGAUCUUAUCCUCGGAAAAAUGUGGUUUAAGGAGCAUUACGUGCUACCAGACUGCCGAAAUCACCGAUUGAUCUGGCCUGAGUCACGGACGGUUAAGGACGAAGCGAUGAUCCUAACUCUCAAAGACCUAUACCCCGGCAAAUACUCCAGCGGCGCCCAGAGGUGCAGAAAGCUCAUCAACAAGACGCCGAGGAAGUUAUUCGGCCCAGGAAGCAGACUGACUCAACAACUCUACGACCUGCAAAUAGACAAGUCGAUAUUGCAGUGA